UGUACACCGGUUUUUUAGUUAAAAAUACGCCCUCGCUUGUGUCGUUAUUACAACGUUAUUUUAUUCUUAUUACUACUUUAUUGUUAUUUGCUUUCUUAUUCAAUAUUCGUGCCUGGGAAGAGCAUCAAAUGAUUUGUACCGUUGUAGCGGAUCUGAGGAGAGUGGUGGAAAACACCGAGAUUAGCCGGCAGGAGAAGAACCGCUGGGUCCUAUCCAAGCUAAAAGAUGUUCUGACCACGGCUUCCGUCCAGAUGGACGAGGCGGAUGUGACUGAGCUGAAGAGGGAGCUGUACCGGGCCGGCAUCCUGGACUUCUGUGUCCGAGCCCUGAGGCUGUCCGGCGGGGUGCAUGGAGAAUGGACCGCCGCCACCCGUUUGGCUGAAGUCCUCAGUUCCUGUUGUGUUGGGGCAGAGCCUGAACAUGAUCCAGAGGCAUUUCAUAGGCUGCUGCUGUCUUCGGUCAUGGACACUUUUCUGUCAUUGGCCUGCCAGCUGAUGAGAAGGGGCUCAGAAUGCCUCCAUCUCUUCAAAAGGGUGAUGGACUCAGUAGGUUGGCUGCUUCAGUCCUACAGCCAGCUCACCACUCAGGUCCUCAGUUCUCUGCAAUAUGAACAGAUGCAGAUGUGUGAUGAUGUCACCGUCAUGCUGAUGUCCCUGUGGAUUCACAUCUGUACAUCCAACAGGGAGGUUCUGUCGUGUCUGAGUGAGGACUCUGUCAUGUUGCUGCUGAAUGAUGCUAUUAGCCAGCUAGCCGUCAGCUCUGACUCUACAGUGGGCAGGACUGCGCUUCAGCUGGUGCUCCUCAUUACCACUCAGCAGGAUGCUGGUGGCCAGCUGCUCCACAGGUUCAGAGGUUUGGACAGCCUUUUGAACAAAGACUGGAAAGGGCGGGGCUUCAAUCAGGAAAUAGAUCAGCUGAUCACACACCUGAAUUCUGAUGGACCCCCACCAAGCCUCACCACCGCCCAGGUAACCUCUGAGCACGUGCAGGCAGCCUAUGUGAUUCAGGCAGCUUGGAGAGCUCACUGCACCAGACGGAGAAUAAAGACCCUUCCCCGAGCUGUCAGCACCAUACAGAGAAGAUACAGAGCCAAGAAGAAGCUACGACAGGAGCAGGAAGUGGCUUUGCGUUUAGAGGAGGAGCUUAAAUACCAGGUGUCUGUUAGGAGACAGCGGGCCAGAAGACAGUUCCACCAGAAACAACGGGAGCUGCUACAACUUUUGCCACCAGGCCUGGUACAGCCCUACCUGUCAGAGUGUGAGCGUUGUGCAGCUGUAUUGAUCCAGAAGGUGUGGAGAGGUUACCGCCAGAGAAAACGCUACAACACAAAGAAACACACACACACCCUGCACCGUGCAGCAAGAAUCCUGCAGAGAGCGGUCCUCCGCUUCCUCCGUAGACGGCGGGCCAUGAAGGCCCUGCCCACCCCCCCUCUCUGGACUGCCGAGGCCAGUCUGACAGACAGCCGCAGGGCCGAGCUGAAGAGAGAGGUGGAGGACUAUACCUCCCUCCACCCCUCCUCCAUAGUGUCAGAGGAGGGCUGCAGCAGGCUCCAUGACGAGGUGCAGCGGCUGCUGCUGCAGAAGCUCCAGAGCAGAGAGGAGCACAGGAGGGAGGAGGACCACACACAGGCCUUACUGGUCCAAAUCAACACACACCUGCAAAUACUGAACGAUGCCCCCUCCCUUCCUGUUGCCAUGGAAACAGAUGUGGAGUUGUUCCAGAGUCGCUCUGUUCCUAUUGCUACCAGAGCUCGUCAGUCACACAAUGCAAUGCUGCAGGCCAGCCGGGACCCGUGGUGGGGGAUGCUGGGAGAUGCUGAUGACAUAAUUUCCUGCCCCGGCCCAGAAGAUCCCACCCAUCUGAGGCUUGGACAGCUUUUCCUGGGGGGUGAAUUCUGAAAGGCUGUCAGUAAACUGGAUAAGAGGACUUUUAGUUACUUUGUUCAAUGUUGGUGUCUGGUAGGACUUCUCCAAGAAAAAUGACAGGGUGCAUAGUGUUUGCCAUCUUCAUCAUGUAGCCAAAUGAAGAAGAAGAAGGCAGGUAGUGUUGAGUUUGAAGAAGGGAAGUUGCUGUCUAAUAAGCAAACUGUAUGAAAACUGAAACAGUGGGAAUGUGUUUCCUUCAUCGUGAUGCUGAAAUCUGAACGUUUCUCUCAGAAGCUUGAAGCACAAGAUGAUUUUUGAAGGUUUAAGAGUUGGUUGGAAAUAAGCUGUACAAAAUCUGGAGAUUUACUGACUGUAUGUCUCUCCUCUUUCUUUUAUACCUUUAAACUUAAGGUAAGACAUUUCAUGACAAUCAUUUGUUUUCCUCACAGAGAAAGAACCUGAACAUAAAUAAAAAUACAUAGUAAAAACUUGAUGAACUUACUGCUGCUUUACACACUCACAACACACUACGAGUCUACUGUGUGUCUGUCAUUACAUCACAAAGACUUUUUAUUCAGAACCAGAGAAUUAAAGCAUCAGCGGCACAACAAUUCCAUAUCUUCAGUAUGUACUAUGGCAUGAACUGGUCACCAUGGAAACAACAUGCAUUGCCAUGGCAACGUGUAUGGGAUUUUCCAAAACUUUUCUCUGUUAGGAAAGAGAUGCAACGCAACCACAUAGCACUAUGCAGUACAGCCUGUUCAAACAAAAACAUUCUUUUGUGUGUGGGGGUGGAGUGGGGGGGCAUCAUCUAUCAAAAUGUUCAACCCCUUUUUCAGCCUGUUCUUUUCUAACUGAAUGUAGUAUAUGUUAUCUGUGAAAUGGGCUGCUGUCAUUAGAGGUAGAACAUGUCUGAACUUUGAACUAAUUUACUUAAUUUCAAUUAAAAAGGAAUUUAAUUAAGAGGAAGAAUGGUAUGACUUGUGUCCUUCCUCGAAACACGAGGUCCUCAGACAGAUGACGAGUUCUUAACAUUGGGAAAUAAUGGCUGUCGUUCAG